AUUGAAAUAUGUUGUUUAAAAACAUUAAAACAUCAUUAUUCUUAUAUUUUCCUUAUUAGUUUUCCGUUGAUAAUAUUAAUAACUACAUUCAAGAAUUGAUUUUGGACGCGAAUACUGAAUAAUCAUGCCGAAAGUUCGGAGGAGCAGGAAACCGCCUCCUGAUGGGUGGGAACUUAUAGAACCUACCCUGGAGGAAUUGGAGCAAAAAAUGAGAGAAGCUGAAACUGAAUCUCAUGAAGGCAAACGUAAAGUAGAAGCAUUGUGGCCAAUUUUCAAAAUUCACAACCAAAAAUCAAGAUAUAUUUAUGAUUUGUUUCAUAGACGUAAAGCUAUUUCUAGAGAAUUGUAUGAUUUCUGUCUGCAAGAAAAAAUUGCUGAUCAAAAUUUAAUAGCAAAAUGGAAAAAACAAGGUUAUGAAAACCUAUGUUGCCUUCGUUGUAUUCAAACUAGGGAUACAAAUUUUGGAACUAGUUGUAUAUGCAGAGUUCCGAAGUCUAAACUAGAAGAAGGUCGAAUUGUGGAAUGUGUGCAUUGUGGAUGUAGAGGUUGUUCGGGAUAAAUAAACAUUAAAUACCAGUUAAAUGAUUAUUGUAUUAUUUUUAUUCUUAAUACGUGUAAUGAAUUUAUUUCUAUAUUAAUGUGUGUGCGGUAUAAGACUGAAAUUAAAACAGCAUACUAACUGAAAACUCAAUAAGUUAGACAUUUUUAAUUUCUAUGAUAAUGUAAAGUACGAAUUGCAUUCAUUUUUAAGAUAAACAUUUUUAAUAACAAAUA